AUGGCCGCCCAGCGGCCGGCGCCGCGCGGCACGCUGGGAGGGGCGGGGCCCGGCCCGGCCCGUGAGGCGAAGGAGCGGCGCUGGCCCGGCCCGGCCCGGCCCGGCCGCCCCAGGGAGCGCCCGCCGCCGCCAUGUUCUCUUUCAAUAUGUUUGACCACCCCAUCCCCCGCGUGUUCCAGAACCGUUUUUCAACGCAGUACCGCUGCUUCUCGGUGUCCAUGCUGGCCGGGCCUAAUGACAGGUCAGAUGUGGAGAAAGGCGGGAAGAUAAUUAUGCCACCAUCAGCUUUGGAUCAACUCAGCCGCCUUAAUAUUACGUACCCCAUGCUGUUCAAGCUGACCAACAAGAACUCAGACAGGAUGACUCACUGUGGAGUGCUGGAGUUUGUGGCUGAUGAGGGCAUCUGUUACCUUCCACACUGGAUGAUGCAGAAUUUGCUGCUGGAAGAAGGAGGCCUGGUGCAAGUGGAGAGCGUCAAUCUGCAAGUUGCUACUUACUCAAAAUUCCAGCCACAAAGUCCAGAUUUUCUUGACAUCACCAAUCCCAAAGCUGUACUGGAAAAUGCAUUGAGGAACUUUGCCUGCCUGACUACUGGGGAUGUGAUUGCCAUCAACUACAAUGAAAAGAUCUAUGAGCUUCGGGUAAUGGAGACCAAACCAGACAAGGCUGUGUCCAUCAUAGAGUGUGACAUGAACGUGGAUUUUGAUGCUCCUUUGGGAUACAAGGAACCAGAAAGAAGUGCACAACACGAAGAGGCCGCAGAUGUGGAAGCAGACCACAGUGGAUAUGUGAGCGAUAUAGGAUUUCGAGCAUUCUCUGGAUCUGGGAACAGAUUGGAUGGCAAGAAGAAAGGUGUGGAGCCCAGUCCCUCCCCAAUUAAACCAGGAGACAUCCGAAGAGGAAUUCCCAACUAUGACUUCAAGAUCGGUAGAAUCACGUUCAUUAGGAAUUCACGCCCACUGGUCAAGAAAGUGGAGGAGGAUGAAUCUGGAAGCCGGUUCAUUGCCUUUUCAGGAGAAGGCCAGUCCCUGCGCAAGAAGGGAAGGAAGCCCUGAGCUGUGCUGCCUGCAGCUCCUGAGGGGGAAAUAAAACAUUGGGUGCAGCUCUUGGAUCUUCGUAA